CAAAAUGUCUACUAAAAUAUUGACUCUUUGUAAUAUUAUUAGCCGACCUGUUAAUGUUCUGCUAAAGCAAAACAAUGUUACGCCUAACCUUAAAACUAAUUUCAGCACUACAUCUGUAGCUUGUGUAAACUUCUUCAACAAGUUACCAGCAGAGAAGCUAUGGAAGUCUGUGACAUCUGUAAGUAAUGCUGGUGCCAAGAAGGGUCGUGGUCGAGGUACAGGUCGCAUUCGGAUCCGUGACUUGAACCGUGGGCAAGUUAUUGGAGUUGGCAAGAUCAAUAUGUUGUGGCCCGGUUUGUCUGCACCUGUGAUCAGGGGUAGGGAACUGUUGAAGCAACAGAGAUUACCUGAUGACCAGGAAAGACUUGAAAAGCUAACUAAGAUCAGAGAUUCUAUGACAAAGUUCAGAAGACUGAGACUUAACCCCAUAGAGAGAGGUUGGUCAGGUUCAAAGUUGCCUGGCCGCAGUCUGGGACCCCCGGAUCCAAUUGGAGAAGAUGAAUUCACUGGUUUUGACACCAAAGUUUUGCAGCUCAGAUCUCUACUGAUCAUGAAAGGAAGUCUUGGACGUACCAGAAACUUUCAAGCUAUGGUUGUAACUGGAAAUGGACAAGGCUUAGCUGGGUUUGGACUAGGGAGAGCCAAAGAAGCACCAGCUGCUCUAAGAAAGGCUAAGAACAGAGCAGGCCAAAAGCUGAUGCACUUUGAAAUCUACAAUGGUCAUACAAUUUAUCAUGACUUCUUCACAGCUUUUGGUAAAACUAAGAUAUUUGUGCAGAAAAAGAAUGAAGGUUAUGGCUUGAUGUGCCACAGAGCCAUCAAGGAAAUCUGUCAAGCUAUUGGUAUUAAGGAUUUGAGAGCCAAAGUUGAGGGAUCUAACAAUCUGCAGCACAUUGUUAAGGCAUUCUUCAUUGGCCUUUUGCAACAGAGAACUCAUCAGCAGUUAGCUGAGGAGAAGAAAUUGCAUUUAGUUGAAUAUAGAGAUGAGAAUGAGAACUUCCCUAAAGUAGUAGCCAGUCCCUCAGAGGUGAGGACAAAGGAUCAGAUCCAGAAAAAUGAGACUCUAGACUUCACACAGUAUGUCAUGAACGACAGAGUAAUUCUGAAGAAGAGAAAGUUCCCUCGCUUCUAUGAGACUAUGCCUCAUUACAAGAUUUAUCUUAAGAAAUACGAGAAGUUCAGAAAUCAUGAGAAAAUCCGCCUGAACCUCAAGACAGAGUAUGGAGAAGUGAAGAGCUUCCUCACUGAUAAAUACCCUGAAAAGGUGGAACAAGAAGCUUAGAUGUAGAUACUACAAGUGUUAUGUAAUAGUUUGUUAGUGUAUAAAUAAAAGAAAUGUUGCAAUC